AAACGAACAAACACCAUCAGCAACAGCAGCAAGCAGGGAAGUUCGUAACAGAAAAAAUCCGAAAAGGUCGUCGUCGCCGCGAAGUCGCGUUCAAAGUGCGGGAAAUUUCGAGGGAUUUUCGUUGUUUUUCCUGGGAUUUUUGCAACCAAACAGUGCGGAUUGUGUUUUCGGAGUUGUUGGGAACGGGAAAGUGAUAAAAGUGCGUCGAAAAGUGCAGUGUUUGAAGGUUAAUUUUCGGGUUUUAGUUGGUGCGGUCCUGUUGGAAUAUCGAUAAGCAUGAAUCGUGGAGGAACGGCUGUUGACACGAAGACGCCCCUGAAAGAUGGCGGAAACGCUGGGGAGCUUGGCCGGGCGACGAAAUCCGGCCGGAAAGUGAAGCGUCCGGCGCAUUUCGAUGAUUCUCCGGAUGCAAAGCGGUCCGCGUCGGUAGUGGCGCGGGAUGACGAUUCGCCCAAGCGGAAAGAGGUUCAGGAAGUUGCGAAAAAGUCGGCCCGCAAGACGCUUCUUAAGAACCAGUCGGAGGAUGGUUCUCCGCAGCGGAAUGGUGCACCGGCGCCGGAGGUAGGCAAGAAAUCUGCUAGGAAAACGUUGAACAAACAGGAGACACGCGAGGAAGAGCCGGAGCCAACGCAGCGGUCGAGUCGUAAGACAAUGACUGUGGUGGCCAAGGAGGAUACACCGGAACCGGAGGACAUCAAAAAGUCGGCUCGUAAGACGUUGCCGAAGUCGGCAGUAAAGAAGCCUUCGGAACCGGCACCGGAAACGCCGAAGAGGGUCAAACAGGAGGUGGAAUCGCCGAAAAAAUCCACCAAGAAGAUUGACGUCGAAGAGGAAACGCCGGCUGGUCCGGGAAUUUCCCGUACGGGUCGGAAGAUCAAGAUUCCGGCGCAUUUAAAGGAAUUUGAGGACGUGGUCGUGCCAAGUCCGAAGAAGGAACUUGCAGAGAAGCCAACACUGGGACGUAAAUCUUUGACGCCAGCUGCUGCUCAAAAGGAGGAAGUUGCACCGAAGACUCCAGGUCGAGGAAGAUCGUUGGCAGCGCCACGAAAGGCGCCGGAACCGGAAACGAAAGUCGAACCGAAAACACCGCGAUCUGUCAAAUCGUCUACGUCGCUCGAAAUAGUCGAACAAAACGAUCCUUUGGCACUUCCAUUGAGCACCCGUGAGGCCAAAUCACCACGAAAAGAUAAGCAAGUGGCCAAGUCCCCCGUAAAGGCUCUUAAAUCGCCGGUGGUCGAUCCGCUAAAAGAAGAUGAAGAUGUACCUGUGAAAACUUCCAGGCGAGGCAAGUCAUUGGCUGCUCCGGAAGCGCCCAAGUCUCCUCCUGCCAAGGCAGAAAAUCCUCCAACCAAAACUCCUUCCAAGCGAGGAAAAUCUAUGGCCGCCUCUGUUCCCGUUUCUCCACCAGAAAAAGCCCCGAAAACACCAAAACAGGCUGCCUCCAAAUCCGUCGUUGAAGACUUGGCUUCCGCAGAACCCAUGUCCCGCUCGGGACGAAAAAUCAAGCCGAAGAAAUACUUCGGUGAAUUCGAGGAGGAAGAACCCGUUUCCGUUGUGGCAGCGCCAGCGGUCAAAGCUCCCUCCCCAGUUAAACCUGUCGCCAAAAGUUCCCCGGUGGCGAAGAAAGAACCAAUCCCAGCCAGGACAGUAUCCCCCGUCAAGGCGGUCGUCAAAAGUUCUCCGGUUGCGGUAAAGGUUGCUUCCCCUAUUGCCCGGAAGGAAUCUCCCAAGGUGGCUUCCCCGGUGAAGCGCCAUCUGCAGCCGGUGGCCGCCGAGAAGACGACGGAAUUGCCGAAGAAGCGAGCCAAGCUAGCCGAACCGAAGCCCAGCAGUGAAGCAGGGCAGCCGGAGAAGAAACUGGACGAGAUUUCCCCGAAUACCGAGGAACGGCAGAUUACCAAGCGGGGUGUGAACGAUCAUCACCACACUGCGAAGGAGGACGAGGCGGAAGAAUCUACACAACCAUCUUCUUCUAAUAACACAAAAGAACUACCCAUUAAAGACUUGAAUAAAAAUGACAAAGAGACCACCGAAGAACAAAAGCCAAAGCGUGGUCGGAAACCGCUUGCAGCAAAAUCGGAAGAAACCCCGGUGGUCGUUGAAGAAAGUAAACCGGCCGAAGAAGCGCAGCAGCAACCGGAUAAACCCAAACGCGGACGCAAAACACUGCCAGCACCCUCGGCACCGGAAUCUUCCGAUGACGGUGGAGAAGAGCCAGCUGCUCCACCGAAAGCGCCGAAAACCCCGGUUGCGCGUCGGAUGACUACCACGGCGUUGGUUGCUCCCGCCACGACCGAGGAUGUCGGCAGUAGCCGAUCCGGCAGGAAGAUCAAACCGAAAAAGUUUUUCGGUGAAGAUGAACCGGCCUCCGCCACUAAGGCCAAGCCUGCUGCUCCUGUGAACGGUGCCGGAACUGCCACCGGUGGUGGCCGCGGAAGAAGGAAGACACUGGCUGCCGAGCUGGACAAGGCGGAUAAGGUCGAAGAAGUGACCCCAGCUGCACCACAAGCGGAAGUGAAGGAGUGUCCAUCCCGAGAGGAAAUCUUGGCCGUCGUUGGAGUGGCCGAUACGGUUGGCCAGACCGAGAAACUUCCGGAACCGGAGAAGAUGGAAGUAGCGGAAGAAUCAAGCGACACAGUGAAGGCGGUGGAGGAGGAACAGGAGGUGAAGAAAGACGAUGAACCAACCCCAAUGGAGGAAGACCUUCCACAAGAAUUGGAACCGGAAGCGGUACCGGAACCGAUCACGACCCCCAUUGUCGGCACGGUGCCGGAAGAAGCGUUAGCUGAAGACGUUCCGCAAGAAGUGGAUGAAUCGGAAUCGGAACAAAAUGCCGAAGCACCCGCCGCUAAUGGAGAUUGCCCAACCGUGGAGGAACCCCUCCCGGAACAUCAAAUGGAAUCGGUCGAACCCGAGGAUGACGUGCAUGAUGGUGACAAAGCUGAAGGUGCUGCCGUGGUACCAGAGGAAGAUGAAGAAAGCACACUGCAGGGCACGGAAACGGUGGAAUCUACCCAAGAGGAUUUUCAGGAACACUCCAUACCGCAGACAUCGCCUCGCGAUCAGGCGAUGAUUCCGGAGGAAGUCCCAGAAAAUCCUGCUCCGUUACAUGAGGAACCGCCGGUGGUGGUGGCGGAGGAGUCCCAGCCGGUGAUGGAAGCUGAAGAAGUGGAUGCAGUUCAGGAAGUAGCAGAGGUGAUUGAGGAACCGGAGCCAGAGAAAACUGACCAGGAAGUUUCAGUUGAAACAGUCGAAGAACCUUCGACAGUUGAAGAACAAGAUGCUCCCGUUCAACUUGUUGAGCCCAAUCAGCAACACGCGGAGGUGUCAGCGAGUAGUAGCUUUUCGGAAGCCCUCUGUGUAGAGGAGGAAUCUACUGAGCAGGUCGCCGCUGCUGCCGAGCCAGUUAAGUUGAACGAUAGCAAAGAACAACAGUAUGAGUCAGUGGAGUUCCUUGAAAUGUCGACGGCAAGUACCGGUGCAACUGAACAGGCAGUGAUCGAACCACUUCCGGUGGAACACACAAACGGUCUCGAAGAGCAGUCGAAGAACCGAAUUACCACUCCAGAACUUGAGGAUGAGCUCGAUAACACCGAAGCACCGCCCAUGGACGACUUGGAUGAUGAACGGGAAGACGAGCUGCUUGAAGAUGUGCAAGAACCACAGGAGGCGACGUUUUCUGAGCGAGAUCGUGACAAUGAGUCGAUCAUUGUCAUACCAGACACACCAAAACCGCCCAAGUCCCAAGAAUUCGAUGAAGAGUUUGACCUAAUGGACAAGUCACCGGUUCCACAAUCAUCGUAUGCGACGGUUGGCCGAGUUGAGUUGCACCAUUCGCCAGUGAUGAAGCAAGAAGUACCGACAACUCCCAGAACACCGGAUUCCAAGCCCGCAAAGUCUUCCUGUAGCCCGGACAAACCUGACGACCAGGAGCAAGCGGAUGUUCCGGAAGCCGAGGUCAUCGACAUUACCGACAGCCCCAUCACGGUACUGGAACCGAAACUACACAAUCUAACGGACGGAAAACCCGGCAGUACCACCAGUACUCCUCUGCGCAUGGGUUCCAAAAUGACGACCAAGGACCGGCUCAUCCAGAACAGUCGCAAACGGUCGCUGUCCGCCAGCGAUGCGGAAAUCGUCAAAAAGAACGUCACAUUCCACAGCCCGGCCAACAGCACCAUGCUGGUCGACACCAUCGACGAACGGCUCAAGAAGAAAAACGAAAGCGCGACCAAAAUCCCGCAUGGACACCGGAAGCGGUCGCAUUCGGAGCACAAAGAUGUUGCCGGCGCCGCCCAGGAUGGCCCGAAACCGUCGAAGAUCAGCAAACUGCCCAACUUCAAGAACAUCCACCAGCAGCAGUUCAACCGGAUGGAGUCGAUCGAAGAGUUCCACAACCGGAAGGUCCAGCGGGCCAAGGAGAUUCUGGCCACCAGCACAGUGAAGAGUCCGGCCGCGACCGCGCUGGUUAGGAGUGCCGAGCGUCCACCGCUUCAAAAGUCCAGCAGCCUCCCGGCCAAAUCUCCCCACAAAACCGGCAACGGAGCCAGUUCCUCAUCCUCGUCCUAUAAACCUGCCGUCGUUCGUCCACUGAUCCCGAAACCAACGGCAACGGAGUCCUCCCACCAUAAGCCUCUUUCCGACGCGGACCGACAGGAGAAGCGCCAGAAGCAAUUCCACGCGACCUUCAAACCGAAAUCCCAGGACGGCACCACCCCAGGCAAGGACACUCCGGACGGUGCGCACCGGGUCGUCGAACAGAGCCGACACAAGCAGAACCAGAUCCUGAAGGGCGUCCGGACGAACAAGCGGUUCGAGCUGAUGAUGAAGUACCGCGAUGCACACGAGUAGGCCGUUGGUAGGCGGUGCCCACAGUUUACACAGAGAGAGAUAAGUAGGCGGGGUAAUUAGUGUGACUGCAGUUUAUUCUAGUUCGUAGCAUUAGUUCAGCAUUAGUGUUUUACCAUCUUUUUUUCUUCCCCUUGUUGAAAUUCAUCUUUCUACCAGCCAUGUUCUCUCGCAAUUCAAACAUAUUUUACGAAAAUUUUCGCGACCAAAUUUUUCCCCCCAUUAAGAUAAGAACCCUCACAGCUCUUGUGUCCGAUAAUGUUACAUAUUAGGUUUGCUCUAGUUUUAUUGGAUUAACAGUUGGAAAUUGUUUAAUUCUGAAAUGACAUUGAUUGUACGGAGCAAACGCUUUUUGCGACAAAUGAAUUGACAUUAAAAGAAAUGAAUUUUUUUUUCGAAAACUGUUGCUAGCAUUUAAGAGCAUCCCCUUUACUGUAGUGGUAGUAGUAGUUGUGUGUAGAUCUCAUUAGGAUCACACAAAACGUUGUAAAGAAUUAACCUAACCUAUAAGACAUCAUUAACCAAUAAAUCAGAGAAGUGAAUCAUUAUCUGUGUAAACAA